CUGAAUGCUCAUCAGAUGAGUUCGAGCUCCAGACAGAUCAUCAAGAGAAUCAACACAACUUAAAAUAAUACAAUAAUUGUUCAAAAUGUCCAUCAGCAUGUGGGUUUUCAUUGUGUUUUUCAUCAGGAUGGAGGAUCUUGUGAUUGGUGAUGAGUUAAAGACUGUGAUGGAGGGAGAUGUUCUCACUCUACACACAGGACACACUGAGAGUCUCAGUGAAGUGAUGUGGCUGUUUAAACGAGGUGAUCGAACUGUUCGUAUCGCACAGAUGUAUCAGGGUAAUGAACCCUUUUAUGAGGAAACACUAACCAGCAGAGUGAAAAUGAACCCAAAGACUGGAGCUCUGAGCAUCUGGAACAUCAGCAGCAGCGAUGCUGGACUUUAUCACGUUUCUCUCCACAGUGGAUCCGUCUCAGAGAAAAGGUUCAGAGUGGACGUUUACAGGCCUGUUUCUGCGCCUGUCAUCAGGUCUCUUGUUAGUGUAAACCAAACUCAAGGUACUUUAAAGCAGUCACAGAAGAUGGAGGAGUUCUGCUCUGUAAGAAAUGAUCGAGGCGUGUUCAUCUCGUGGUAUAAAGGAGGAGAAAUGCUGAACCAGACCAGCAAUCCUGAUCUCAGCAUCAACCUCAGUUUAGCAUUAGAGCUCCAUUAUAAUGAUCCAGAGACCUACAGCUGUACAGCUGUGAAUCCAGUGAACAAUAAGACUGUCCAUCUUCACAUGAAGGAGAUCUGCCCACGACAGGAAGAUUGUCUGCAUCAUUGUGGUGUCGCUGAGGCUCUGGUUCGUCUGGUUCUGUCUGGUCUGCUGGGAAUUGCCACCGUUGUCUUACUUUUUGAGCAUGUGAGGUUCUGCCCAUUUCAGGGAAGAGCUGCUUCUGCGUGAUGAUGGAACUGUUAUGAGUCACACAAUGGCCAAAAACAUGAUGGUGAUGGAAUGCUACAUGAACUGUUGGCAAUGAGGCUGAAAGUAUAACUUGAGGCCACCAUUUGGGACAGAGCCAUAACAUUUUUCAAAUCAUUUUGACAUUGAAGUUGGCGUUCAAGGAAAAAGAUCUGAAAACUGAUCAUCUAUUAUUGACACCUUUAAAAAAAUUUAAAUAUAGGGAUGUUUGUUCCCUUCUAAAUAUAGAAACUUUGCUGUCUGCCCAUAUUUAUCCACUCAUUACAGAGCAGAACACACUGCUGAAAUGUUCUGUGUCUGCUUCAAAAAUGUAUGUUAUAUUUUCAGCAGUAAUAUUUCUUACAUGCUCACAGCAGCAUGUUGUGGAUGUAUUGGCAGUAGCAAGUCUCGGUACUUGCUCUGCAGCAGCAUAGCAGAUCUAUUCCACCAAGA